AUGUCAUCAUCACUCUUAUCGACUGGCCUCAAGGCCUUUUCAAUCUUUUCCAUGGCUACAGGUACAGCAGAUGUUAUUGCCGGACAUAAGCUUCUUAUUCCCGCCUCUGAACGAGCUCUGCUGCCGAGAUCAACACUCUCUGUAGUAGACAACCAACUACGCUUCCUGGGAGCUACCUGGGGAGGAUGCGGCGCGAUUUUGUGGUGGGUCAGCAAUGAUCUCCAAGCGAGACAGUCUCCUCUGGCAAUACUCGGAGUUGUUAUCUUUAUUGCCGGUAUCGGUCGGACUGUUUCGGGGUUGAGUCUUGGCUGGGGUGCAUCAUGGCUCAAGGUUGCUGCGGGAGUUGAGCUCAUUGUUCCACCUUUGAUCUAUCUGUUUGGGUUCUAA